AUGCACCUGCCUUGUCAAACCCCCGUGCCGCGGGGCCGCGGAGCGAAUUCGCGGACAUCGGAGGGCUGCGAGUCCACCGAGCGCUUCGCAGCAGCCUUUGGUCUGGAAACCUGGGGCGACCCUUUGGUCCUGCCGGUGGAGGAGGGGGAAACGGUGCAGUGGGCAGGAGGGAGAACCUGCUGCGAAGCUGCACAGGAGAACCUGUGGCUUUCCCCAGAGGAAGAACGGGGCCACUUUUCAACUCCAUGGUGCAUAGAAAAGGAGAAUUACCUUUUGAGAAGGUUGUCUUCUGUUUUCUCCAGGAGUAUUCCAACUUGUUUCCUGUCUCAGUCACCUUUGCCUCUUCCUGAAAAAGCUGUAGAAGAUGGAUUUGGCAGACUGGAAUCUGGAUAUCCUUUUGCCUUGUUCCAGCGCUAUUUCCUCUUCCAGAAGGAGACCUACCUCAUUCAUUUGUACAAUGUGUUCACAGGACUCUCAAUUGCUUACUUCAAUUUUGGGAUGCAAUUCUUUCAUUCCCUGCUAUGCGUCCUAGUGCAGUUCCUCAUACUGAGACUUAUGGGUCGCACGAUCACUGCCGUCUUCACCAGUUUCUUCUUUCAGAUGACAUACCUUAUGGCUGGAUAUUACUUCACAGCCACAGAGCAUUAUGACAUCAAGUGGACAAUGCCACACUGUGUCUUGACUCUAAAGUUGAUAGGUCUGGCCAUUGAUUAUUAUGAUGGAGGAAAAGACUCGGAGUUCCUGACCCCUCAGCAGUCGGUAUUUGCUGUCCGGGGAGUUCCUACCUUGCUGGAGGUCUCAGGAUUCUCCUAUUUCUAUGGUGCCUUCAUGGUGGGGCCUCAGUUCUCCAUGACAGACUAUCAGAAACUGGCAAGGAGUGAGAUGACUGACGUUCCAGGCCAGAGACCCAAUAGCUUUGUGCCUGCUCUCAAGCGCUUGAGUUUGGGCCUGUUAUUUCUAGUAACCUAUACCUUGUCAAGCCCAUACAUCUCUGAUGAAUACCUCAUCUCAGAUGAUUACAUGGAGAAGCCUUUCUGGUUCCGUUGUUUUUACAUAUUGAUCUGGGGCAAAGUUAUACUCUACAAAUAUGUAACCUGCUGGCUUGUUACGGAAGGUGUCUGCAUCCUUGUUGGUCUGGGGUAUAAUGGGAAGGAUCAGAGUGGAAAGCCUACAUGGGAUGCCUGUGCCAACAUGAAGGUCUGGCUGUAUGAGACAACGCCUUUGUUCACAGGGACCAUCGCCUCUUUUAACAUCAACACCAAUGCUUGGGUAGCCCGCUACAUCUUCAAGCGCCUGAAGUUCCUGGGUAACAAACUGCUGUCACAAGCACUGGCCCUGUUCUUCCUGGCCAUUUGGCAUGGGCUGCACUCUGGCUACCUGGUGUGCUUUCAGAUGGAGUUGCUUAUAGUCAUCGUUGAAAGACAGGUCAUAAACCUUGUUCGGGACAGCCCUCUCCUGAGCACUUUGGCCUCCAUCACUGUCUUGCGGCCUAUCUUCUACGUGUUGCAGCAGGCUAACCACUGGAUGUUUAUGGGUUACUCUCUGGUGCCAUUUUGCCUUUUCACCUGGGACAAAUGGAUGAAGGUGUAUAAGUCUAUUUAUUUCCUCGGCCAUCUGUUGUUCUUCACUUUAUUACUGGUGUUGCCUUAUAUUCGUAGAAUAUUUGUGCCACGAAAAGAAAAGCUAAAAAAAGCAGAAUAGCAGCCAAAAGAUUGUACUGUGCGUGUGUUUUUAGGAGUCGAUUUAACACUCCAGAAGCAAAAGCAUCACCUGCCAAGUUUGCUGUGUUGAAGUAUGACUUCUUUCAACAUGAGGAGGGGGAAAGAGAAAGCACAGGGUCAGAGACCCAAAAGGAGGAGUAUGGAGGAAUUCUUCUUCCAGAGCCUCCACUUUCUAUGUUGCCUUAUCUCUCUGCCGCCCUCCAGUGGACACUCUUGUCUCUCUGCUGAUAUCAGAUGAUUGUAAAACAUUCAAUGCAGGAACUAUAUUGGAAUGGAGCCACCUUCUGACUUUUCUACGUUUGUCAUCCAAGAUAAAAAUUGCUCCUGUUCUUUUUCA